UUUUCCCGCGCCUGUUUUCAACGAUCCAUUGUUAAGAAGUGUUGUGAGGAUAGUUUAACAGUUUAAAGGUUACUUUCAUAACAAGUUUUUCUUGUUAAAAGAGGGUUAAUUAGACUUGAGGACUUAUUGGUUCCUUUCUCCGGCGUUUUUACGCGUCUUGCCAGCGCAGCUCUCUGCGCACCUGAGUCCGCUGUUGUUCAGUUUGGACAGCGUCAACAUGUCUUCAGCGCUUCUGAGCAGCUAAACUAUCAUGGUGAAAUUAUUUACUAGCGACCUGUCUGCUGUGGCGAACCUCUGUAAAUGCGCUGUCUCCCACUGUGGAAUGGCCGGAGUCCAGGUGUCAUCCAGGGAGAGCCGAUGUGGCCGGUCGGAGGAGCCAGCUGGGAUUUGACAGAGCGCUGGAGACUGGGAUGCGAGAGAAACCUUAGAGGGACAAACUCCGGCUUAUUUUAUCUGGAUUCAACACGGGCUGACCAGAGCCAUGGCCUCUCAAAUGGUGUGCGGAUUGAUCUUCAGGUUGCUGCUGCCGAUAUGUCUUGCAGCUGCUUCCCUGUUCAGGUACAAUGUCCUGUCCCUCGUCUACCUCAUCUACCUCCUGCUUAUUCCUCUCUUCCCAGAGCCCACGAGCACAACAAUGCAAGGCCACACAGGGCGGCUGCUGCAGUCCCUGUGCUUCACCAGUAUGUCCUUCCUGCUGCUCCACAUCAUCUAUCAGAUUACCAUCAACAGCCUCCUGGCUGGGAACUCCAUCUCCGCCAACUUCAGCUGUUCCUCGUGGGAGAGCUCUAUAAGACAAAUUGGUUUUGAGAGCGUGAUUGGUGCAGAUGCAGGGAACGGCAUCCGAGUGUUCAUCCCUGACAUCGGCAUGUUCCUGGUUGGCUUGGCCAUCUGGCUGCUGUGUCGCAGUCUGGUCCAGAAGAGGCCACCGGAGGACAUGGCUCAAUACAACACAGACUUUCAGGCAGAGGAACAAGAAGAAGAUGAAAAACUGAGCCUGGAUGACAACAACAUCUUGCUGGAGGAGGACUUUGAAGCGGGAUAUGAGGCUGAGGAGGAUGAAGACAACGAGGAGCCGUAUGGGGAAGAGGAAGAAGUGGGGGAGGAAGAAGAGGAAGCGAAAGAGAGCACAAAGAUGAAGAUUCUGCGGCUGGUGGCUGAAGUGGCUUCCAAGGUGAAGGAGAUUAUUGGGAACUUGAUCACCACAGCAGGGAUGGUGGUGAUUACCAUUUUACUGGGCAUGACAGGAAUCAUGCUGCCAUCUGUGACCUCUUUUGUUUACUUCUCCAUGUUCCUGUUCCUGUGCACCUGGUGGUCCUUCCGCCGGACCUUCAACACGCUCAUCUUCAGCUGCAUGUGCGUUCUGAUGGCCAUCUUCAGUGCUGGACACCUCACCGUGCUCUACCUGUACCAGUUCCAGUUCUUUCAGAACUCCGUUCUACCGAGCGACAACUACACCAGAAUAUUUGGCAUCUCCCCCAUUGUUCAGACCAACUGCUCCUACACAUGGAAGUUAACAGUGCACCAGGGGCGUAAGUGGAACCACUAUGUCAAUCCCAUCAUGCUGCUGAUUCUCUAUUACACCCUGGCAACGCUCAUCCGCCUCUGGCUGCAGGAACCUGUUGACCAGCUGAUGGACGACAAGGAUGAUGAUAUGUGUGAGGAGGAGGAGGACGAGGGCGGAAACACAGUGAAUAACUCAGCCAACAAGAAGAGGCAGCUGUGGUGGGAAUCUCGCCAGGGCACAGAUGAGAAAAACCUCCUCUCCACCCAGGACGGCAUCAGUACAACUGAGGUUAUGCCUACCGCAAACGGGACAUCCUUCGACUUUGUCACAGCUGAGAAUGGGCCAGUCUGUUUGGACUUGUACUCCACCCCCCAGUAUAAAAUGGACCAGAGCACAGACAAUACAGAGAAAAAAGAAGAGUGUGUGUAUGAGGUGUGUUUGCCACCAGAGGAUUCAGCGUUGAAGGAAUCUGAGGAUGAAGAGAAUGAGAUAAAGAAAAGAGGAGUAGGUGCAUUUGUCAAAAUCUUCAACUUCAUCAUGAAACAGAGCUACAUUUGUGCUCUUAUAGCCAUGAUGGCGUGGAGCAUCACAUACGUCAGCUGGUUGACGUUUGCCUUCCUCAUGUGGUCCUGUGUGUUGUGGAUGGUGAGGGACCGGAGGCGUUACGCCAUGCUGUCUUCUCCCUUCAUGGUGGCUUAUGGCAACUUGCUGAUAGUGCUGCAGUACAUUUGGAGUUUUGAGAACAUGGAAACAAAACCAGGAUUCUUUGUCAAAAAGGAUAACUUGUUUCACUCACUUUCAUCAAAGAUGCUGUGUAUGCUGAGCUUCUGGUUACUGCUCAGACAAACACUCACAGAGAGAGAAGAGAAAUUACAAGAAGACAGUGCAGGUCUUUCAGAUGUUCAUGUGGAGGAUCAGAAGGAGAAGGAGGAAGAGGAGCCUGAGGAAGGAGGGGAGCCAGACCUCAUGCAGGUUCUUGGGAACAUGGUGAUGGCUCUGAUGGUCAAAUAUUGGAUCUACCUCUGCGGCGGCAUGUUCUUCUUCGUCAGCUUUGAGGGAGACAUUGUCAUGUAUAAGAUCAUCUACAUGAUGAUGUUCCUCUCCUGUGUGGCACUCUACCAGGUGCAUUUUGAGUGGUGGAGAAGGAUCCUGAAGUACUUUUGGAUGUCAGUGGUGAUGUACACCAUGCUCGUCCUCACUUUGGUCUACACCUUCCAGUUCGAGAAUUCAGAUGAUUUCUGGGAGAAAAAUAUGAAUAUACCAAAAGCCAGUUUGAAGGACAUGGGCUUGGAGCAGUUUGAAGUGGCCAUGCUCUUCACCAGGAUUUUCAUUCCCACCUCCUUCCUGCUGGUGUGCAUUCUCCACCUGCACUACUUCCAUGAACGCUUUCUCCAGCUCACAGACCUUCAGGCUGUGGUGGCAAAAGAGGAGAGCACUAUCUACAGACUGGUGGACCCCGAUGGCAGCCUGGCAGACCUGACCAUGCUCAGCGCCAGCUCGGUGGACGUGGCGCUACCCAGAGAGAAGGAGGAGCUGCGUGAAAAACAGGAGGAGCAGAGAGGGUGGGAUUCAGAGAAUGAGAAGGAUCAGGCCCUGGUUGUGGUGAUGGAUGACACCAGCAUGACUGGCGAGAAGGCAAAGAGCUUCUCUGACCAUCGGCAGUCCAGCACAGAGGAAAGCUACCGCUGCAGCGGGACCGAACCGGAGCCGAGCACAGAGCAGAGCUCAGACCUUAAGAGCAAAUGGCACCUGGUGGUCGACCGUCUGACGGUGCUUUUCCUCAAGUUCCUGGAGUAUUUCCACAAGCUCCAGCUCUUCAUUUGGUGGUUACUGGAGAUUCACAUUAUCAAGAUCGUGUCCUGCUACAUUUUUAUGGUCUCUGUCACAGAGGUGUCUUUGCUAAACUGUGUGUUCCUGGCAUCCUGGGCUUUUGCCCUGCCCUUCAGGCAGUAUCGACACCUCGCCUCCAUUGUUUGCACUGUCUGGACGUGUGUCGUCAUUGUGUGUAAAAUGUUGUACCAGCUGAAGACGAUUAAACGUCCAAUUUACAACUGCUCUAUGUCACAACAUUUCACUGAAGAACAAAAAAAAGCGUUGGAGAAUUCUACUUUGUACAAACCAAAUGAUUCAGUCAACUGGUUUGGCCUGGAGAAGUCUGAAGACCUACUGGGAUACCUCAGGAGCAACCUCUUGAUGUUGGCUCUGUUGGCAUUUGAGGUGACAGUCUACCGCCAUCAGGAAUACUUCAGACUGAGGAACAAGCUGUCGCCUCCAGCUGCUAGAAUUAUCUUCCAUGACAUCACACGGCAACACCUGGACAUUGGCAUCGUCUGCUUCAUCAAAUACUUCAUAAACUACUUUUUCUACAAGUUUGGACUUGAGACAUGCCUGCUGUUGGGGGUCAACGUCAUCGGGCAGCGUAUGGACUUCUAUUCCAUGCUUCAUGCCUUUGCCUUGAUUGCAGUCAUAUAUAGACGAAGAAGGAAAGCCAUUGCUGAGAUUUGGUCCAAGUACUGCUUCUUUCUGUCCUGCGUGAUUACCUUCCAGUACUUCGUCUGCCUUGGGAUCCCACCUGCAGCCUGUAAAGAGUAUCCCUGGAGGUUUCCAAACUCCACUACAGACUCAAAUGUAAUCAAGUGGCUCUAUGUCCCGGAUUUCCAAGAGAAGCCAAAUCCGCUCUUCCUUAUCUACGACUUCAUGUUGCUGCUGUGUGCCUCACUGCAAAGGCAGGUCUUUGAGGAUGAAAACAAGGCAGCGGUCCGCAUAAUGGCUGGUGAUAAUGUGGAGAUCUGCAGAGACCUGGACGCAGCCUCCUUUAGUGUCCACAACCCUGUACCCGACUUCAUCCACUGCAGGUCCUACCUGGAUAUGCUGAAGGUCAUCAUGUUCAGCUACCUGUUCUGGUUUGUCCUCACCAUCAUCUUCAUCACCGGAACCACACGCAUCAGCGUUUUCUGUAUGGGUUACCUGGUGGCCUGCUUUUACUUUCUGCUGUUUGGGGGCGAGCUGCUGCUGAAGCCGAUCAAGAAGAUCCUCCACUACUGGGACUUCCUGAUUGCAUACAACAUCUUUGUGAUCACAAUGAAGAAUAUUUUGUCAAUCUUGGCUUGUGGCUACACCGAGUCAUUGAUGGAGAACCAUUGCUGGUUUAUCCAGUUCUUCAGUUUGGCUUGCACCAUCAAGGGAUACAGAAAACCUAUUUCUUACAACUGUGAACUGCCCAAGGAUGAGGCGGGAAUAAUCUGGGACAGCAUCUGUUUUGCCUUCCUGUUGCUACAGAGACGAGUCUUCAUGAGUUACUACUUUCUCCACGUGGUUGCAGAUAUCAGGUCGUCUCAGAUCCUCGCUUCCAGAGGAGCGGAGCUUUUCCAGGCCACCAUAGUGAAGGCUGUGAAAGCCCGGCUGGAGGAGGAGAGUAAAUCUGUGGAGCAGCUGAAGAGACAGAUGGAUCGAAUUAAGGUGAGGCAGCAAAAGUUUAAGAGGGGCAAGGAGAAGAUGCAGAGCCUGGCGCAGGAGUCUGUGGACGGUCAGACAGUUGUCCAGCCUGAAGAGGAGGAGGAUGAUGGAACACAGCCAACGAAAGCCACGACCAAAAAAAAGCAGUGGUGGAGGCCGUGGGUUGACCAUGCUUCCAUGGUUAGAAGUGGAGACUACUACUUGUUUGAAACUGACAGUGAGGAAGAAGAGGAAGAGGAGGAGGGGGAAAAAGAAGAAGAGCCGGCAAAGAAAUCGGCAUUUCAGCGAGCAGUUGGGAAGUUUGUCUCCGCUGUUCUGGCUUUACCCAGGUCUAUCAUUAAGCUGCCUAAAACUGUACUGCAGUAUGUAGUCAAGGCAGGCAAGUUCCUUUACCAUGCUUGGAUCACAAAUCCUAAAGCUGCUCUGAAGGCCCGAGGCAAAGAGAAACGCAAAUUUUGGAGAAAAUACACCAAGAGAGUCAGACACAGGAAAAGCAAGAAAGAUGCAGGUCAUGUUGCUGUAGAGGUAGGAGAGCUGUCUGAUGAACAAGAAAAAGGAGAGAAUGAAAAGAAGCCCAGUGGUCCAGACAACAUCAUCAAGCGAGUGUUCAACAUCAUCAAGUUCACCUGGGUGCUCUUCCAGACGACAGUGGAGAGCUUCACCAGCUGGAUGAAUGACAUGUCUAGGGAGUACAUCGACAUCUCUACAGUGCUGCGAAUUGAGCGUUGCAUGCUAACGCGAGAAGUCAAAAAGGGCAAUGUGCCAAACAGAGAAAGCAUCCACAUUUACUACCAGAAGGCCAUGAGGCUUAACAUGUCCAGACAGGCCAGUUUAGACGAGCUCAGUAUGGAUGGGUCAGCUACGAGCUCCACAAGGGUACGAAGGAGGAGAGGAGGAUAUCGGAUGGAGAGCCAGGAGUCCACCGCCUCCAGAGACAGCAUGUCCAGUGGUUAUACUGAGGCCACAAUGGUUUCCCGCCAAUCCACUCUGGAAGACAUGGAUGCAAUGACAGAGAAAAUUCCCAAAACCAGUGAGCGUGCCAGGCCCAAACUGCGAAAGAUGUACAGCAUGGACAUGUCCAACUCAUCAGCAGACAGUGGCAGCAGCUUCAUAUCCAGCGAAACAACACAGUGUGUUGUACUCUACUCAAGACAGGGUACCACAGACACUAUAGAAGAAGUGGAAGAUGAGCAGGACCAAGGGGAAGACAAGGAGCAAAUUCCCUGGGAAUCCCAACCAUUUGAGGCGUGUCGGGGGGCUGAGGGGGAAUCAUGGAGUGAUGGAGAACCCAGCCAGGAAGAAGCAGAAGUAGAACUAGAAGAGGAGAAGAAGGAGGUGCAGAAGGGACUGGAGGAUGAGGAGGGACUGCAAAAAGUGGAGGUACCUGAAGACCAGGAAAGAGAAGGAGGUCCCUGGGAAUCAUUCAGCCCAGAUGAGGGUCCCUCCACGAGGCUGGAGGAAGCACAGUCAGCCCUCUCUGCUCGGGAGAAUGACUUUGUUACUGAUAGUGACGACGGGGGAGACCAGCAGGACUUCAUGCAGACAGAGGGUACGUCAGGUGUGCUCUACACCCCAGAUACAGAUGCCUCCAAAACUUCAGAUGCCGAUGUGCCUCCCAGCUACAGCAAGGCGGUCAGCUUUGACCGUCUGGAAAUUAGUGAUGAUGAAAGUGACAGUUACAGGAAGAGGCGCAUGAUUAUGACGUCUGACAGCCGCUCAGACAGCAGGUCAGACAUCAUGCUGCCGUCUAUGACCACUGAAAUGACCGCCAGCGAACUACUGCUCACCAAGAUGUUUUAUGAUGAGGAGCUGGAUCAGUCAGAUAAAUUCUACCAAAGCCAGCCUCUGAUCCUUCAGCUGUGCUACGCCCUCUAUAACAUGCUGGUGUCACACUCGGAGUUUGUGUGCUACCUGGUCAUCAUUAUCAACAACAUGAUGUCAGCCUCCUGUAUUACCCUGGUCCUUCCUAUCACCAUCUUCCUCUGGGCCAUGCUGUGUGUGCCUCGGCCCAGUAAGCGCUACUGGAUGACUGCCAUCAUCUAUACUGAGGUCACCAUAGUCAUCAAGUACUUCUUCCAGUUUGGCUUCUUCCCCUUUAACCAGAACUUGAUGAAUAGGAAUAACCCAACUCACGCUCCCAACAUCAUCGGUGUGGAGAAGAAAGACGGUUAUGUCCACUACGACCUGGUCCAGUUACUGGCGCUGUUCUUCCACAGGUCCAUCCUGAAGUGUCACGGCCUGUGGGAUGAAGAUGACCCCAAAGAGAAAAAAGAAGCAGCUCGUCAGAGUGAAACUGAGGAUGAGGGAAAAGACAAGGAAAUGAGUGAGAAAGAGUCUGAACCUCCUUCAUCAGUGAUCAGUGAGAGGAGAGGCUCCACGCACACUUUGAGGUCCUUAAACUUUGGGACCUCCAUAGAUUCAGGACAUGUCCAGAUGCAGUCCUCGCAGCCACAGACCUACCAGCGACGCAAGAGCUCUAGUGGAGGCUCACUUGUUUCUCAUCGAUCUCGUCUUUCUUCUGCAAGAUCUAAGAGAGGAAGUACCACUUCCCACAACAGCAGCCACAAGGAUGGCAGUCAGGCCAGCGUCCAUCAGAAGACCCGCAAACAGAUGAUCCUAGAGAAACUGAGGGAGCAGCUCUUUAAAGUCAAAGCUUUUGCGAUAAAGCGGUUUAUGGAGACCUACCUUCCCAUUAGGCAGUUCUAUUAUAACCUGAUUCAUCCUGAGUACAGCGCCGUCACAGAUGUCUAUGUGCUGAUGUUCCUCGCUGAUACUGUUGACUUCAUCAUCAUUGUGUUUGGAUUCUGGGCAUUUGGUAAACACUCAACAGCCGACAUCACUUCAUCUUUGUCGGAGGAUCAGGUGCCAGGACCUUUUUUGGUCAUGGUCCUGAUCCAGUUCGGCACCAUGGUGGUGGACCGGGCCCUCUACCUCAGAAAGACUGUUAUGGGAAAGGUCAUCUUCCAGGUCAUCCUGGUCUUUGGGAUCCACUUCUGGAUGUUUUUUGUCCUGCCUUCUAUCACAGAAAAGCGUUUCAGCGAGAACACAGUCGCUCAGAUGUGGUAUUUUGUCAAGUGUAUCUACUUCGGGCUGUCAGCCUAUCAGAUCCGUUGUGGUUAUCCAACCCGUAUUCUGGGAAACUUCCUCACCAAAAGCUACAAUUACAUCAACCUUUUUCUGUUUCAAGGGUUCCGCCUGGUACCUUUCCUGACGGAGCUGCGAGCAGUGAUGGACUGGGUUUGGACCGACACCUCGCUGUCUCUGUCCAGCUGGAUCUGUGUGGAGGACAUCUACGCUCACAUCUUUAUCCUCAAAUGCUGGCGAGAGUCUGAAAAGAGAUACCCCCAGCCGCGAGGCCAGAAGAAGAAGAAGGUGGUGAAAUACGGGAUGGGAGGAAUGAUUGUGAUGCUGCUGAUCUGCAUUGUGUGGUUCCCUCUUCUCUUCAUGUCCCUCGUAAAAUCCGUUGCAGGAGUUGUUAACGCUCCGCUAGAUGUGUCUGUCAAAAUCACCCUGGCUGGUUUUCAGCCGAUUUUCACCAUGAGUGCUCAACAAACACAACUGAAAGGUGUGACAGAAACGGAUUUUACCAACUUUUAUAAUGAAUUUCACCCUAAGGAUGGAUCCAAAACAAGUGAAGCCAUGGAAUGGCUAGAGAAAUACGUUUCAGAGGACCUGAUCAUCGCUGAACUGAAAGGCAGUUCCAACUCUCUGUGGACCAUCAGCCCACCCAGCAGAAAAAACCUGAUACAGAUGUUAAACUCCUCGAACGAGGAAUUCCCCAUCACUGUGUCCUGGAGUGUACAAAGAAAUCUCAGUCUUGGUGCCAAGGCUGAAAUAGCUUCUGGAAAAAAAGUGAUGACUCUAAGCAAUGAAACAAUGGCUGAUCUUAAAAAGAUUCUAGAAGGCACACCAAACCACACAGAAGUGAUCAUACCAAAAAUCAUCCCUCGCUAUAUUCGAGCCCCCAGUGAUUCAGAUGCCACACUUGUCGAGCAGCUGCCCAACAAUACGUUUGACAUUCUCCUCACCUUAAAGCGAGGCAAUGAAUCCGCAAGUCAGGUACAAGAGUGGUGGGUUGUCAACCAGACAGAGCCUGGUCUCAUUUACAACAAGAAUCAAACACGUGAGGCCGGCCUGCAGAUCUACAUAUUCAGUGACCAAGUCAGCCCACCCAGUUUGGGAUUUCUGGCUGGAUAUGGAAUAAUGGGCCUGUAUGCCUCUGUGGUUCUGGUCAUCGGCAAGUUUGUGCGUGAGUUUUUUAGCGGCAUCUCUCACAACAUCAUGUUUGAGGAGCUGCCCAAUGUGGACCGCAUCCUCAAGCUGUGCACCGACAUCUUCCUGGUUCGAGAGACAGGGGAGCUGGACCUGGAGGAGGACAUGUACUCUAAACUCAUUUUCCUCUACCGCUCACCAGAGACUAUGAUCAAGUGGACCCGGGAGAAAACUCAGUGAGGGGGACAAAAUGACUGGAGUCGGGUCAGAGCUUUUCAGAGAUGCUGCGUAGUCACUCUGUUGGUCUGAGCAAAUGAAGAGCAGCUUUGUCUUCCUCAGCUGAGCUCAGAUGGCAGCAUUACAGUGUUAGCGUCACAUAGCAACACAUUUUUGAGAUAAAAACUGGGGUUUUUACAAGUUGAUGAAAAGCAACAUUAACAGACUCACUACUGAAAACUGAGCACAAAUACGCAGGUGCUACCUUCAUCUGGCAAAGUUUGGCCUCCAUUGUUGAAAUAUGCAGCUGGUGUGCAGCUGGAGAUCUUUCAGGAGACUUUUCUAAGACGUGAAGAAGAGUCUCAUCACUUCUGUAAGAUGAGAAUUUUUCCUCUGACAUUCAAAUGGUAGGUUGUGAGAUAAACUGCCUGCAGCAUCACUCUUUAAGGGCUUCCCACUGACAAAUAUGUGCACAAUGGUGAUAACUCGAGUAAAAUCUCAAAGUUUCUCCAACUGGAACGUAUGGAUCAUGGGACGGUGCAAUACUGAGCUCCUGUUCUUCAAAGGUUUAGAAGGAUGAGAGCACCAAAAAAAAUAAAUAAAUAAAUAAUAAAAAAAAUGUCAUUCACAACCAAGAAACUUUAACUUAAAGACAUCUUUUUCCUAAGUCUCUGAGGCACUAUGAAGACAAAAAGCAGAAAACAUGAUCAGACAAUCUUGCCUUAGUUUGUUUUUAUGAGAAGAACUGAAACUUAUGGAUUCCACAUCUUUCUCAGGAAGAGCUGUUUUCACAGAUACUCAUUGUGUAUGUUGUAUGUUACCAUAUGUAGGCUUUGGUGGAUCUAACUGAUAGAACAUGAGAUUGUAGAAAAGGAGAGAACUAUUUAAAUGGCAUGAAAUAUAUUGUUGGUGUUGUAUAAAUGGACUGAUGUUGAGUUUGUUUACUGCACAAAGAUAGAAAUUCAGCACAGUGGAAGUUUUUCUUUGCAGGGAAUGAAAUCUUUGCCAGUCGUCCACAUCUCAAUCAUCUGCAGGUUGGCUGGUGUUAAGAUCGAUAGAGCGCUUGCGAUAUUUAUCAGGCUGUAGACUGUUCUUCAUCACUUUUGAACCUCAUUGUUUUUAAAAAUUCACACAUUUGACAUUUGAUUGCUUUGAUGUCCACAGCUCUGCAUCCGGCCAACAAGGAAGAAAGAAGCAGACACACAGAAAAAGCUUCCCAACACAAAAGGCUGAAAGAUGGAGCCUUUUGGUCCGAACUAUGCAUUAGAGGACAUUGUAGCAUGAGUGAAAAACUUCAUUAUUGCCAUGACUAAUUCCCAGUACAUGUACAUAGGGGUUACAUUAGGUGGUCAGGUCACAGCGGAAUAAAAUGUGAACCUGUUUGUUAAGGUGGGGAGGUGUGAUGGAGGUCCAGAAAUGUGCAAAUAAAAUAUGUAGAAAA